CCCAUUGUAACCCAAAUUCCUCCACACAACUUCGCUAAGUUGAACUCGGAAAGUCUGCAGCGUAUACUUGAGGUAUUUUUGCGGUGACUAAUGACAUAACUGGCAUCUAGAAGCUGUUUCUUCGCCAAACAACUAUCGCAGGAAGUUGAGCUAUCGCUUGCAACGCUUCCCUUGUCAUAGUAAUGGCGGACGUGUCGGACGAAAGUUAUGCCGCUGAAACACACAGGUCUAAAUACAAAAAGGAUAGAACUGAUCGGCGAGAACGAAGGGGUAAUCGUUAUGGUGAUGUCAUAGAUGGAAGUACAUCGCCUUCGAAGGAAAACAAGAGUCCAGGUUUAGAAGACAACGGGGUUGCCAAUGACCUUGCUAAUAGUAGUGCCGAUCGAGAUACGGGGAGACGAGAUAGGGAGAGACGAGAAAGGCGGAAACCCAGAGAUGAAGAAGCUAAUGUCAGUGUGAACGACGAGGCGCCUGUUGAAGGUGCAACAGCAGCCAGUGAGGAAACAACGCCGAAGAAGAGCCUCAAAAAAGACAGAAAGAGCGAAAGUGCAGGGCAUAAGAGACAAGCCAAGAGACAUUUGAGGGAAAAAAGAAGGUCAACCGGAGUUGUUAUGAUGCCUGGUGGAGCCGAUGCAGAUGUAAGUAUCAAGCGAGUUUCACGUUUCUUUCACUCUUGAUACAUAUUUCAGGCUUUUAAAGUCCAAAAGAAUACUUAAAUCGAACUGUCGGGGCUGUUUAUCGAGUAGUUCUCGUGGUGUGGGGUUUUGGCAUCGCGAACAAUAAACCUUGGAGCUAGGUGUUCAUUUAUUUCGAAUUUUGCUGGCUUCCUUUCACAGUUAUAUUUCAUCUGUCGAUGGUAAAAUCAUGUACGAUAAGAAGCGCUUUAGUCUGUCUGGAUAUCCGAAGUUCGUCAUGAUGAUAAAAGCGUAAAAGUCUCUCGUACUUUGGAGUUCAUGGCUACUGCAAAUUGGCAUUCUUGUACUGCGAAUGUGAUAAAAAAUGUAUAAUUGUAUUUGCGAUUCGCCAUCGGCAAAUCUAAACAAUAAAUUAAAAUCAAUCCAGCUCUAGUGCUUUUUCAAGAAAAGUGGAAAUUAAUAAGCGCAAGGCAAUAUAACAGAUGUUUACGCAAAUUUCGCCUUUAUUUCGUUUAUUACCAUCGUGACAGAGAAGAACUCUAGUGAUAAAGUUUUACACAGGGCGCAUCGAUGGACGUUUGUAAACAGUAUUUUUUGGGAACUGUAGACUUGAUGCUAAUUUCGUAAUUUUUCCUUGUCAUUUCAGUCAAGGUAGAGCCUUUUAAAAAAUUUCAAGCUUUAAGUAUGACAAGUUAAUCUUCCAAUGCGAAAGCGUAGUUGAAUGUUGUAAAUGAUAUUACUUAAUUUUAGUGUACGGAUCUCUAUGUGUUUUGCAUAAGAAAUGCCACUUACAUCAGGCUUUGAUUAAAAUGUAAUUGCCAUAAAAAAGUCAGUGAUUAUAACUGGACUUUAGUCGUUUCAUAGCAAUGAUGAGUGUCUCAUGGUGUCUCACCCUGUCUGAGCACGAUUUUCGUUUGUGAACACAUGUCGAAUUUUAGUCUGUUUAAUUCAUGUACGUUUCCGAGAAUAACGCGAACGUUUCAUCACAAUUAUAUUUUUUAAUGUAGCCGAUUACUAUGGACAAAUUGUAGUAUGUCAGAAACUUUGUCUCGCUUCCUCUCUCUUUAUUUAACUCAAUGAGAUUAGUACAUUGAUCUUAUAGAUGUCCAGUUUCGAUACAACUUACUAAGCGUUCAAAUGUAAUACUGUUUAUGGACUUCCUUCGUAUGUAAUUCGUUGCGUCUCUAGCCAGGUAACUUGCUGUAGUCUGGAUAUAUUUUACUUGCACUUUCAGAGCGAAGGCGACGAUGAUACGAAGCAAGUAAAAGCAAAUACGCAACAGAACGAGCAAGCCAACGACGAUGAAGCCAUAGAGGUAAGCUUACGUGUAUGUUCGUUUGUGCUGUUCGAACGUUGUGGCGAAAAUCCGUUUGUGUUUUUAUGCAGUGUUUCAGACAUGGUGGCAUAUACUGUCAUGUGUAUCUUUGAGGUUUUCAAGUACUUGCCUUGUUUAUACAGAAAAGUUGGUUAAAAAGCUAGGAAUGUUACUUUAAAUCCUCCUGUCAAAUCUGUGUAAACUUCACGGGGAUCAAAUUUUGAAAUGUCUGCAGUGAAAUGCUUAGUAUACCUAAAUCUGGACAUUUUAAAAGCCCUUGAAACUCUCUUUAAAUGAUAAGGCUGCUUUUCACAAGAGUUAUUUUAGACAACAAAGGCUUGUUUUACAGUAAUUUAAAAUGUUCGCAUUCGAGGAUAUUGGUUUAAAUAAAUUAUUCGCAACCACUAACACAGAGCUCUCUGCUUGUAAAAUGAUUCUAAUGGUUGAUUACAUAGUAUGCAGAGGUUGAAUUGCAUCUGUUGGAAACUUGAUAGCAACCAAGUGAGAGUGAAAGAUAACAAGGUUAUUUUGCUGUUGCUUUUGAGAAUUUAAAGAGACAGUCAAAGUAAAAUAUCAAAUAUCUCUUACUAAUGAGAGCUGUCAGUUGGUUCUUGGCCCUUAAGCAUUAAUGGUGAGGUUUUGGUGUUGUCUGUGUUACAUAUGCCUGACUUCGUGGACUGUAGGCCUUCUUUGAGUUGAAGAAGUCUUUUUGUUUUUUAGCAGAAGUGAAAUGGUAAUCUAAUGAUUUUGUUCAGUGUUGAUCAUCCAUUUUCUGUAUUAUGAAGUUUAUCUGUUGUUCCUUUGAUGUUGUUGAAAGAGUGGUAGUAGAUUUGUGUCUAUGCUUAAACAUGUAUGCAAAGGUGAACUGUUACUCGCUAUGUUUGCUAACUUGUUAUUACUGAAAGUGCUACUUUCUCUUGAAGAUGUUUCUUGCUUACGCUAGUUUGCUUUGGGAUAAAUUUGGUCCAUUUUCCUUGAACUGCAAAUCUGUUAUUUCAAUCAUCUUGUUGAUUUCUUACCAACUCCAAAAUUUUCAAAAACUUUACUCUUCUUUUCUCAGAGGAGAUCUCCAAGGUGAUUUAUGUCCUUAUUUGGAAAACUGUAACAAUAAUCAUAUGAUUAUAUGUGUAAUAUUUGUUCCAGUUUAUGCAGUAUCAGGGCAGUGGAUGCAUUGAUUACAUAUUUUAGAAGCACUUCCAUUCUUAGAUAAAAAGAUUACGUACACAGAAUUAUGUCUCAUAGUAUUUUGUCAAGAGAAAUUCCAUUAUACUUGAGUGGGUGCAUCAAAAGAAAGCAUAAAAUUGAAGUCAGUAAUAGAUUUAAGAUUAUUUAAGCAGAUCAAGGUAUUGCUAAAGGAGCUAAAUUAUAUUAAGUCACAAAAAUGAACAUCUAAGACCAAAAACUAACAAAGUAAAAGCUGCUAGACUGAAUAAAUGAAAAAUCUUUGGGCUCUUUCUAUUGUUCUGUUGUUAUGUCAUUAAUUUUUCAAGCCAUUAGAUCAUUCUUGUAAAUGCAGUAGUUUGUAUCUUUCCUUGGCGUAAGACAGUUUGUUGUUAUUUUUUUUUCUCGCUAGAAAGGUACUUAAGUACCUACUCUUCUUGCCAGAAUUUCAGCUUAAAAUGGUUUUCUACCUUCUAAAUUUUUUAUUAGUGUAUUGCACAGAGAAAGGGAGGAUUCAAUCAGGCUGUGUUAUUUAUCAUCCAAUAUUAGGCAGUUCCUUAUAAAUCAUAGACAAGGGAAGUUUUGCCUGUAGUAAAACAGUGGCUUUUACUUCUGUGCUAUAUUUAGAAAGCUAAGCAAAACAAAUAAAAGAGUUUUUUGUAAAACAAUAUUGCAGAAGAUUUUCAGUAAAGACAGGUCUGUUCUAACUUAUGAAUUAGGUGCAAUGCACAAGUGAUAUUUAAAUCAGUUUGUUGAGGCACGCAGUUGUUUAGUUUGGUUGGUACAUGUGAUAUAUUGUGAUGAGAGUUGUUGCAUUGCUCAGUGAUGGAAUGCAUUUCUUUACUUAUUAAAAAAUGUGUUGAAUAUCCAUGUUGGUUUCCAGGAGUUCUGCUUUGGGUUACUGAACUCAGUUGAAUGUAAGGCUGGUUAGGUUUGAACAAUAUCCUAAUAAUUUAGCUUAUCUGUAAAUGUUGAAUAUAUUGUAUUAUUCACCAAAUUUACUAACAAGUCCUCUCUUUUCCCACUGUAGGAUUCUCCCAAAAGUAAAGGGUAAGCUAAAUUUUUUUACCAUUUUGCAUCUCUCAAAUUUGGCAUCAGUUUUUUAAAAUGGUGUGUAUCUGAAGCUGGUCAUUUUAUUUUUAAAGGAUUAGUGUAUUUUAGCUUUCUGCUUUUGUAGAUUCUAGUGCUAUAUUAAAUACAUAUUUACAUACAGUGUGAGGCAUUUAAUGGCACAAUAAUUACUGAUGAUUUGAUCAGAAUGCUGGGUGAUGCUUCGGCAGAGUAGCAGAGACAGUCUAAGUCAACAGUAUUUUUACUGUGCUUGGUAUUGGAUGACAUGAUUUGAUUUGGGUUCCGUGUAGUUAACACCCCAAGUAAAAUUAACAAUUUAACCCAACUUCAAUGUUUACAACUUUUUUUCAUCAAAUUACACUAAUGGAAAAAAAAUCAUGUUUACUUACAAGGAUAACAAAUUAUAACUAGAACUAUUUCUUUUUUAGAUCAAACAAAAGAAUAGAGCAAAAAGUUGUAAGUAUAAAUUUAUUCAUGUCUGUGUGAAAGCUUAAAAUUAUAAUCAUGAUUACAAUUCUAAGUUGACUAUCGUGAUGGUAGGAUUUAGCACCCCUUACCCCUCCUGCAAAUUUGUCUUCAUUAGGAAGUGCCCCUAUUCUGAUGUAACAGGUGGUGAGUUAGCCCCCUCAGUGGUCUUUGUCUCAGUCUCUCAACUAUUAUGUCUGCAUGAGUGCACAUUUCCUUUCAAAUGAUGAUGCACUCAUGUUAAACUUUUGCAACAAUUCCUUGGCAGUUGUUCUCGUCAGGAAGGAUAGACAGACAACAAGUCUGUUUCCCAGUCUUCAUGAUCCUAUUUAAAUAAACAUUAAAACUUUUUUUUGCAUAUUUUGCUGUUUCUCGAAAAAGAAAUAAUCAUCCUGUGUUGAUUAAGUGGCCUGUUUCCUGCAAACGUUUAAUCCUUUCAGCAAAUGAUUGUAGAUAUGUAAAUGUGGUUGUACAGUGCUUAUUAAUCCUGAUAUUAUUCAGGUUGUGUAAUAUUUGGUCAAAUACCAUCUUGUAAGUGAUUCAGGAAUUAUUUUAUUUGUAGCAAAAGGAUAGUGAAACCAUCCAAACGCAAAAACUGCUUGAAAAGAUAGAGGAUUGUGAAAGUCAGUUAGAAGACUACAAAUCUGAGCUUGAUAAAGCAAACAAGGUGAGAAGUUCUUAUGACAUUACAUUAUGAGAACCACAGUAGAAAUGUAGAGGGGUUGCCUUUCAUCUUACAAGCUUUAUGGAAAACAGUGGGCAGUACAUCUCUUUUCUUGCAGAAGUAUGAUUUUUGAAGAAUUAACUUGUGUUUGUCUCUUUGUUAUGUCACUGUUCUGUUAAGUUUUGAGGCAAUUAAGAGGACAUGUCUUGUAACAGGUGCAGUUAUAUGGUGCACUUAGCUUCUCUAGCAAGCAACUCUGUCUUUGGAAUAAGCAUACUUUGCUCUUCUGUCCACUGAACUAACAAGUCCCUAUUGUACAAACAAGUUUGACAAAACAGAAAUGUGCAGCAAAUCGAUCUUGCUAACUUGACAAGAAAAGUUACUUACUCUAAGGCCAAUAUCUAGGUACUUUAUGCAGGAAAUUUAAAAUUGUUCUUCUUUCUAUUUCAUAUCAGGAGCUGGAAACACUACGGACAGAGAAUGCUCGCUUGAAGGAUGAAAACAGCUCUUUAUUACGAGUUAUAAGUCAAAUAUCAGCAAUGAAACCAGUGAAGUAG